CUUGACUCUAGACCAAGACAGAUCCUUUCUGUUCUGCCGUCUGCCGUCUGCUCCUUUACUCUAGACCAAGACCAAUCCCUUCUGUUCUGCUUCUGCCAUUGGUCCAGCAGCCAGUUUGCCAGCAUCGUCCAACUUCCAAGCCAUCAGUCAGCCAGCCACACCGCCAUCAGCCCUAGUCCCCACCAACGGGCACUGCUAAUUUUAAGUCAUCGUCGGAUCAGAGUCACAUUUGGAGCAAAUGGAGAAGCUUGUUUCAAGCUGGUACAAAGAUGGAACCUUGCCGGAGAGUUUCAUAUGGCCACCGGAUUCAAGACCCGGGAAGCUUGCAGCUGCUCCUUCAUGCAAGAACAUUCCGGUUAUUGAUCUUGGUGGAGCUGAAGGGGGUGAUCAUACCUACAUCAUUCACCAAAUACUCGAGGCCAGUCAAGAAUUCGGAUUUUUUCAGGUAAUCAACCAUGGCAUCUCAGAUACUCUGUUAAGUGACACAAUGAGUGUGUUGAAGGAGUUCUUUGAGUUGCCGCUAGAGGACAAGGCAAGCGUUUACUCUGAGGACCCCCAAAAAAGUUGCAAGCUCUUCAGCAGCAGCGUAAAUUAUGAUGCGGAAGAUGUUCAUCUUUGGCGCGAUGUCCUGCGACACCCUUGUCAUCCAUUGGUGGAAUGCUUGCAAGAUUGGCCUCAACAGCCAAGUAGAUAUCGAGAGCUUGUUGGGACAUGUUCUACACAAGUGAAGAAACUGGCUCUGAACGUUUUGGAGCUAAUCAGUGAAGGACUUGGGCUCGGAACUGGGUAUUUCCGAAACGAACUUAGCCAAAACUUGAUACUCUCAGUUAAUCAUUACCCGCCUUGCCCCGACCCAAGUUUGACAUUAGGAUUAACUAAACAUUGUGACCCAAACCUCAUAACCAUCUUAAUGCAAGAGGAUCAUGUAAAUGGACUUCAAGUUUUCAAAGACGGGGAAUGGAUGGGCGUGGAGCCUAUUUCACAUGCACUUGUGGUUAACAUAGGCUAUCAGUUACACAUCAUCAGUAAUGGGAAGCUGAAAAGUUCUGAACAUCGGGCUGUGACGAAUCCAUGUAAUGCUAGGACAUCUGCAGGAUUUUUCGUUGCGCCUUCUUAUGUUUGCGUUGUAGAACCUGCAAGAGCUCUUGUUAGUGCAAGCAAUCCCCAACUAUAUAAAAGUUUCCAGUACGAAGAGUUUCUUCGCAACUUUAAUACGAUGGUAUUCGAAGGUAAAAGCGAAUUUGCAAUGGAAAGCUUUAAGCUCCAAACUUAGCUGAUGAUGACCAACAGUUGAUUACAAUGGAGCGAAAAGUAAAUGGAAUGCAAGAAUUUAGAUGGAUCUGAGUGUUGUAUGUGGUCAAAUAUCCUAGUGGAUAGGAUGCGGAGUUUCUACCUAUAUAUGCAUCAUAGAUUCUAAACUCUCCCUCCCCUUAAUAAUAAAAUUUGAGUGUUGUUCAUUUGAAUAAAUGUGUUUUUGCUCUCUGUGAAAGCACAAAAACCGAACUGGUUGAAAUUUACUUUUAUUCAUUGUAAGAUUAUAAUAAGAGUUUUUAAUGAAUGAUCACGCUUAAUUGCUUA